UCAAUAUUACUCCAAACAACUCGACAAUUCAAGACUCAUUAAUCCUCAACACAAAAUUAAUCAACCAAAAUGGCAACAACAUCAACUUCCUUCCUUACUUCUUUUCCAAUUCUUCCUUCACCAAAAAGGUCACCAAAAGCUUCAAGAACUACUACGACCCUUGCAAUGAAAACAGAAGCACAUGAUCAGAACUACUAUAAUGGUCGUCUUGUAGAUGAAAACAUGAUAGUCCUUCGAAAGAGAAUUCAUGAGAUGAAGAUGAUCGAGAGGAAUUACGAGCCUCCAGCUGAAUGGACGGAUUGGGAGAAGAGUCUUUACGCGAAUUAUGACUCGAAUAUUUGUGAAGCAAUGGGAUUCUUGCAGUCCGAGUUGAUGGAUACAAGACCAAGCUUGGCUUUGGGCAUGGUUGUACUCAUUGCAUCGAGUGUGCUCACUUCAACUGCUGUGGUUUUGUUUCAUUUGGUAGAGUUAGCUAAGGUGGUUUUGACCGGAUUACAUAUUUGAUAGUAUUUCUUAGAAUCCUCACUUAUGUUUUCUUCAUGCCAUCUCUUUUUAAUUAGGCUUUCCAAUAUGAAGAUUAUAGUUCUAUUCUUUUCAUUCUUUAUUCAAUACUGUAUAUAUUUGGAUAUGUAAG